AUGGCCAUCAAAAUCGUCAAGAAGCGCACCAACAAAUUCAAGCGCCAUCAAUCCGACCGCUACCAUGGAGUGAAGGAGUCAUGGAGAAAGCCUAAGGGUAUUGACAACAGGGUCAGGCGCCGCUUCAAGGGUCAAACCCCCAUGCCCAAGAUUGGAUACGGAUCCAACAAAAAGACCCGCCACCUUCUCCCCAACGGCCUCAAGAAGUUCCUUGUGAGCAAUGUCCGAGAAGUCGACCUUCUCCUCAUGCACAACAAGUCUUUCUCUGCUGAGAUCGCCCACAACGUCAGCAGCCGAAACCGCGCUACCAUCCUCGAGCGUGCCAAGGUUUUGGGCAUCAAAGUCACCAACGCCGAGGCUCGUCUGCGGGCUACAAGGAAUGCAUCACACGCCGGAUCUUGGUACACUGCAGAUGGCAAAACCCUUGAUGCUGAGUUGACCCAAUGGCUCAAGGAAGUAGGAGAGACACAGGAACCGUACCCUAUCAAAGGGUGCAAAGCUAUCAUCGCACCGCACGCUGGGUAUUCCUACUCUGGACCCACCGCUGCCUGGGCUUACAAGAGUAUCGAUACAUCCUCCAUCAAACGCGUCUUCAUCUUAGGACCCUCGCAUCACUUUUAUUUGGAAGGCUGCGCGCUAUCCAAGUGCAAAGAAUAUGAAACGCCUAUUGGCAACUUGCCUUUAGAUUUGAAGACUAUUCAAGACUUAAAGGCCACGGGCAAGUUUGAAUCUAUGGGCCAGCAAGCAGAUGAAGACGAACAUAGUAUUGAAAUGCAUUUACCAUAUGUUCGAAAAAUAUUUGAGGGGAAGGAUAUUAGUAUCGUUCCCAUUGUCGUUGGAGCCAUUUCAGAAAGCGUAGAAGCAACAUUUGGUUCUAUCCUGGCUCCAUAUCUCGCCAGCGAGGACACCCUAUUUGUGAUUUCAAAGCCGGCUCCAAGCUCUGCGUCUGGUCUUCGACUGUCCCGAAGCACAGCACCUUCGGCGGACUUUCCCAUCUUUCAGUCUAUUAGCCGCCUUGACCACGAAGCUAUGGACCUUUUGACCUUGCCGCCCUCCACGGCGACUAAAGCCCAUUCAGAGUUUGCGAAAUAUCUUGCAAGGACAAAGAACACCAUUUGCGGAAGGCAUCCUAUUGGGGUGCUGUUCGGCGCCAUGUCGGCUCUGGAAAAGAGCAAAGGCAUCACGUCUGAAGUCAAGUGGGUGAGAUAUGAGCAAAGCAGCCACUGUCAUUCUAUCCGAGACUCUAGCGUAAGCUAUGCAAGCGCCUACGUACGAUUCUAA